AGCAGGGCGUUUCUCCAGCAAAUGCAGGACACAUUUCUGUGCUGCAGCCUGCUGAUGUCCUGGUUUCUGAUCUGUUUACACCCACUGAUGUAACACUGAACAACAAUGAAAACAGUCCCAGAGAGAGACGAAGGGUCCGUCUGAAAGCAGAGAGCUCCUCACCGGCAAGAUGAAGAAACUGUUCGUCCUUGUUCUUCUUUUUGUUCUCUUUGUAAGCGCCACAGGUCAGAAAAAAGGGAAAAGGAAAACAAAAAUGCAAGUUAACAGCUCUGAGGUUGCUCUCGUUAAUCCCAGAACAUUUAUAGGGGUUCCAGUCAUUCAGACCAAAUCUGUUCUAAAUGGCACCCAAGCACCCAUUCCAGCUCAUUCCCCUCCAGCUCUGCAGUCCCUAAGCAACAGUGCCAAGGAGUACCUCCUCGGGCCCCUAAGCACCCGAGUCAUCCCCAUUAUUUACAUGCUGGUGGUUACUGUGGGGAUCCCAGCCAACAUCGUCAUUCUGGGCUUGCUCGCAACUAAAAUUAGAAAGGUUUCCUCUGCCAUCCUCUACUGCAGCCUGGCUAUCUCCGACCUCUUACUCCUCUUUUCCCUCUUCUUCAAGGCUCACUACCAUCUCCUUGGAAACCACUGGGUUCUAGGCGAGACUGCCUGUAGAGUGAUCACAGCCUGUUUCUAUGGCAACCUCUACUGUUCAGCUGUAACUCUGGCCUGUAUCAGUGUUAAGCGUUACCUGGCUGUGGUGUACCCCUUUACAUACAAACGCCUCCCAAAGAGGAUGCUUGCCGCCUUGGUCAGCCUGGCUGUGUGGGGGGUGUUUUUUAUCGCCGUCAUCCCUGAGCUCCUGGUUCAGCAGAGUUUUAUGCUAACAGAGCUGAAUCGCACCUCCUGCCAUGACGUGCUGCCUCUGAAUGAAAGCUCUCACAUCCUCCUGCUCUACUACAACCUGGUCCUGACAGUCCUCGGUCUUCUGCUGCCCCUGGUGAUCACGGUUGUGUGCUAUGUCAAAAUCAUCAAAGAGCUGAGCAAAUCACAUUUCGACUGGACGAUGUACAUAAAGGCCAGCUCGCUGGUGUUUGGCCUCUUCCUGGUCUGUUUCCUCCCAGCAGGGGUCCUCCACUUCCUGCAUUAUGUGCAACUGUUUGUGAAAGGAACAGAAAAUUUGUACAUGUAUUUUAACUUGGCAGUGUGUUUGUGCUGUCUCCACGCCUGUCUGGACCCCUUCCUAUAUUUCAUAAUGUCCAGUUCUGCCGGGGCCAAGUUUUAUUUAAUGACUUUCAAAGGUAAAACCCUGAGCAUAUCAAUCUGAGAGAGCCCUGCAUGGCAGCAGAAACUGACUGAGUCCCGUAUUUGUGCUUGUUGAGGAGUAAAAUUUUCCCUGAGGCUGGAAUCCAAAAAGGACGUAACUCUGCGGUAUGCAGCGCUGGAUUUGACCCUUGAUACUGGAAUGUGCUUUUGUAUUUGUAUUUGUAUUUUUCUUGUAAGUUUGUGCGCUUCUGAUGUGUAAAUAUAUAUGAAGAUAUAUUUUAAUAUUUUUAAAAAAUCUAAAUGGACUGCUUUUUAAAAAUAAUUAACAUUUUUUAUGUUCAUAUCAGCUGUUUUUUAGGAUUUUAUUUGUAUAAUGGAACAGAGCUAAACCGUUAACUUUACUCAAAAGUAUUAAAUACUAUUAAGAAUUUGAUAAGAAAUAAUGUGAAACUGACUGACUUUAGAAAACUGAGCAGUACAUCCAUGUCAAACCAUGUCAGGCUGCACUUUCAGCUGAUUAACCCUAAAUCCAAUAUUUCAGUAUUUUUUGUUAAUAUUAAAUUUGUUAAAAUGUAGCUUAAGCCUUUUUUUUAUUUUUCCGACAGCAACGUGAACUCUUCACAACACAUAUGUACAGCCGAUUACUGUAAAUGUUCUUAAUCUGGA